AUGCCAAACACCUUGUCGGACCCGUCUCCAUACGGCAUCUGGGGCUGCGCAUUGUUGAGCACGGCGAAUUCUAAAGCGGGAUCGAUCGGUUCCUCGGGUGUUUGGAUGGUUUCAAAAUGGAUGGACUCGCCUUUGAACGAAUCGGCGUCUGGCGGCGGCGUUGGCGCGGCCGCCGAGUCCUUCUUCGACUUCUCUGGUUUCCACCUCUUGAACAUUGUUCGAAAAGAUAUUUCUGUGGAGCGAGGUGUUUUCAAAAAUAGAUUGUGGAUUUGGGGAUGCGGCAACCGGGGAACAAAGAAGACUCGCGAUAUUUGCCAGGGUCUCCGUCUGGGCAGAAACCGCGCCUGA